UGCUCACAGCUCACUGCUCAGCAAGCAUUAUUAUUGCAGAAAGAGAGAGAGAGAGCUAGCUGUCAGCUGUCCGUGGCGGGCUACGAGGGAGCAGGGAGCAGGCCGUCGCCGGCCAACCAUGGCGUGGUGGCGCGAGAGGGUCGUCGCGCCGGUGCGGCGGGCGUGGCUCGCCGUGGCGCGGCGGGCGCGAGGCAGCAGGAGCAAAGGGGUGGUGGACCUGCAAAGGGACGUGCAAACCUGCGGAUACGACGAUGUUCAGGUGAUGUGGAACAUGCUGAGCUCGGAGAAACAUGCCCCCAGCCUCAGGCCGGUGCCUGAGAAGCCGCGGCGGCGGCGGGCCUCGUUCUGGAGGGCGCCGUUGUGGAACGUCGGAACAUGUGUGGCGCGGUGAGCCCCGCGACCAGAAUUCUGGCGCAGCGGUGACACUACGCCAUCUAGUAAUAAUAUCCAAUAAAUUUCCGCUGCUACAAUGGUGAGAUGUACAGAAAAUGAUGUUCACCUGUAAGAUGUUAGAUUGGGUGUGGCCUGUGGGAAGAAUUGGUCAGGGCCAACUCGCCUGCUGGCUUCUGCUGCUUGUAUUGCUUUCCCUGCUUUGUUGUGGAAUGAAUGAAAGGCGGCAGACCGUGGCUUAAUC